ACACCGAGCCAUAACAGCGGCAAAAAAAGCUGCUGUAGCCGAGCCCAAACCUGCAGGUUAGCUAGGUUAGACAGGGCAGCAGCGACUCCAACUCCCGCCCCACAGGGUUCGUCCUCUCCAGGCUAAUGCAGCUAAGAACCUAAGUCCAAUUAACAUGAACGGAGGAGGAGAAACCCCGCCGUCGCCGUGCGCGGAGCCGACGGGCUGGACGACUUAACGGAGAGUGAGGAAUGUGGCCGGUCGACUUCAGCUGACUGGAGUACAAACAUGAAGCAGCACAUCAACGCCUGUGUGGAGAAGUGUGUGUCGAGCCGAGGAGAGCGGUCUGAACCGUGUCUGUAAGCCGUUUUCUUCUCACUGCUUCUCGCGUUCGGCGCCUUGAGCAGCAGCAACAACAAAACCCCAGCACAGCAGCCCGGACUGUAUUUUUCCCCCUUGGACCGUUUCUGGAUUCUCGCUUAGCAUGGAGCUGCACACGGACGUGUUACUAGUCACCGCAAACGUCGGCUCCUUAUUUGACAAUCUCGGCGAAAUCGAGAGCGACUGGCUCCGGGAGUUCUUCACGACUGUGCACACAUACAAGCCCCGCUUCGUUGCCCUGCACUUCCAAGAGGUGGGGGGGAAAGACUACACGGUCAACAUGGCCCACGCUGAGAGCUUCUUUGGGGCCAUCGAGUCCAGCUCUGAGAUGAAGGACUUUGACCGUGUGUGUGUGUAUGUGGACAGUCAUUUCAAGGCAGAGGACAACUUUACGGCCCUGGGCAGCAUGUACUUCAUCCACAAGUCCCUGAAGAACAUACAGCAAUAUGACUUCAAUACGAGGGAGUUUAAAUCCGUCUCAGGACACAAGAAGUACGUGGGCUCCCUGGAUGGAGUCACUACACUGGAGAAGGAAAAAUUCCCCAAGAAUUUUUGGACUGAUAUCAAGUGGUCAAGAAAAGGCUACAUGAGGACACGGUGGAUCAUUCACAAUCAGGGCCUGGACCUGGUGAAUGUGCACCUCUUCCACGAUGCAUCUAACCUCAUUGCCUGCAACUCAAGUCCCUCAGUGUACUCCACAAACCGGCAGAAAGCACUCAGAUACGUCAUCAACAGGAUAUCAGACUGUAUCUACAGCCCUAUGCCUUUCUUCCUGUUUGGAGAUUUUAACUUCCGCCUCGACACACAAAGUCUAGUGCAGAACCUCUCCACUUCUGCUGAAGUUCAGACGGUGAAGAAAGACAGCAGUAACGAGGUGGAGAAGAUCAUCUAUGAGGAAAAAGACAACGACCACAAGCAGGUCCUUCUCCAUAUUGAGACUAAGCUGUUUGCAUACCUGCACCAGGCAGUCUUCAGAGAGAACAAUGGAAAAGAGCUCCUGAAGUAUGACAAGGAGAUAGAAGCGUUCCACGAUGUCAUCAGAGAAGAGGAGAUUCUGUUCCCACCCAGUUACCCCUACAGUGAAGACAACACUAAACCCACUCAGUACAUGAACACACGAUGCCCAUCCUGGUGUGAUCGCAUCCUCAUGUCCCACAGUGCACGGGACAUCAUGCUCAGGGGAGAAGAUGAGAAUAACAUUGUUUAUAACACACUGGGCCCGAAUGUCUGUAUGGGAGACCACAAGCCUGUUUUCCUGUUCUUUGCACUGAAUCACAAUGUCCACUGACCCACAAUAUGGACCCAUAAAAGGGUUUGCUGGUGGGCGUCAGUGAAGAAAAAGCGGAAUUUAGAGACUGCAUAGUCCCUAAAUACAUAGGAUUGCAGUUCAUAUAAUACAGUAUCUCAUAGCCUGCACAGACCCCCAGCUCCACCCCCCUCCACACACACACAGAUCAAGGGAAAGUCUUUUUAUAUAUAAGGUUAAAAAGAGAAAAAACAAACCCUUUGUGCACAGAUUGUACAGUUUUACAGUUCUCAAGACACUCCAGUUUAUUUUACUGCCAGUUAUUUGACCAAAACCUGCAGCAUGUAAAUGCAUGCAAGGCUGGCUUGCACGCUCUCUCGGUUUUAGUACUACUGUUUUUCCUUUUUUCCUGCAUGCUGAAAACAGAAGACAGUUCCAGUCAUGUACAGUAUGCUGCUCAAUCGCACAAGCUCUGCCCAUCUUGCCACCACAGCACUCAGUAGAGGUGUGCACGCGCAGCAUGGCCGAAUAUUUACGUAUCACCGUUUUGUGUUUUUUCAGCUUUGACAUCAUAUAUGUGAACGCUUGCAGGUUAGGGCUGGAUGAUGUGGUUAAGAUUUUUCAGCCUUUUGGCGAUAAAUAGUAUAAAUCAGUAUUCUUGUGCACUCUCUGAAAUGGCUUUUUCAGUUAGACAGACCAGAUUUUAGUUCUUAUUCUUUAAAUCUGUGUUUUGCAUCACACACUGCAUGUUUGCUGGGGGCUGUUUAGUCCAGAUAUCUAUCAUUUUUUCACCAAAAGGCUGAAUAAAAAGCGAGAUAUACAAUACUGUGUAAAAGUCAGAGACUACACUUUGUUUUAUUUAAUUUGCAGUCAAAACUGUCAUUAAGUACAAGUUCAUAAUAUUUAUUUUACAGAAAAUGACACAAAGCCUCCAACACUAAGUAUAAUAUCAAAUCUAUCAGUAUUUAAUUUGUCCGCUCUUUUUUCUGCACCUACUGCCACUUUAACUCCUUCAUCUUUCCGAUAUUAAAACCAACCAGUUGUAACCUCCCAACAAAGGCUUUUUCCAUAGAAUCAGACAUUAUGUUGCCCUUCAAACCUUCACACAAGCAACUACACAAACACUCUUAAGCUCAAUGCUAUGACAGCUCAAUACUAUGAGUCUGAAAGGAUGUGUAGCUGCCAAGAAGCCCUUACAGAGAAAAGGAAAUAGACAAAAAGGAAGAACAUUUGCACUAAAACACCAAAACUGGACAGCUAAAAUAUUGAAUAGUUUUUGUGCACUGAUGAGUCUAAAUUUGUACUUGGGAUUAUUUGAAUCGUGAGAAGUGGAAAAUGGAACCACCUUCUAAGACUGAACUUUGGAGGUGUGAAAAAAUAUUCCUGCAGAUUUGUUUGAAAAACCGAAACACAAGCUGUAAUACCGAACUGAAGCUGUAAUAAAGACAAUAAUAACAAUAACAAUAAAGGGUGAACACACUAAAUACUGAAAAAACGUUAUAUGUUGUUGUUGAGGCUUUCUGUUAAAUAUAUAUUUUCUGCUUUUUUUCUUGACACUGAAUAAUAAAUAGCUUGUACUUUAUGGCAUUUUUGACAGGAAUUUAAAUGAGCCCCCACCCAACAAAACUAAAAAACACAUUUUAACCAUUCCACCCUUUUUGAAUUAUCAUUUAUUUUAUAUGCUAUUUUAUUGUGUACAACGUUUUACAUUAAAAAGCAAAAAUAUGCUUUAAUUACAUAUUAGUAACCCCUGUUUUUAAAAUGCAGAGCAUCAAACUAUGCCAUACCGUGCUUAUAUGAUGUAAACAAAUUGUCAUAUAUACUGUUUUUCGUUGCAAGCACUGAAAUGAAUGAAAGGUAGUCUCUGACUUGUGCACAGUACUUUAUUAUAAACGUCUGAUAUUGCUCCCGGCCCUUUCGCAGGUCUGUGUGUAUCCACUCUCAGGCCAGCACUAGUGCACGCCGGGCUGUCUGUGUGGUUCUCAGUGUCUCAGAGGCGCUGUAUCUCAGAUAUUAUCAGAUCAAUAGAAUAUGUACGCAAGGACCACCAGGGACGAAUUCGAAAGCCAUCCGCACUGUGUGAAAUAUGGAAAUCCCGCCCAGAGCGGCGCAGGCCGACAGGCCCUCUGACUUUUAAUUAGAGCUUGAGCAGACUACUGAAUACUAAUAUACAGCUAUUCACUUAGGGGCUGUGAAAGACAACAGAUAAGUCAUGCUUCUUAACGUGAUAUAUGAAUAUACUAGGGCUGCACCUUAUGGCCAAAAUACUAGCAUUGUGAUUAUUUUAUAUGCCUUGCGAUGCAAUAAUUUGCUUUGAUUUAUCAAAACACUCACAAAAUGCUCAUCUGGAACUGCGAUUGGACAGUACACUCAGAAGGUGCUAAACUGUUGCUGGGGUGGUAUCCCUCAUGUCGCUGGGGUGGUACCCUCACAGGAACCUUCAAGGAACAUUGACUCCAUACAUCCUGUCUUAACUCCAAGCUUUUUAUUGUAUUUGUCUGCUUUAAAGCAUUACGUUAUAAAAUUGAUUGUAGAAAGUGAGUGUAGUUUACCUUUAAUCAAUUUCACUGAUUUCACAGUUUCAUUGAGAUGUAAGCAAAGUCAUUCAGAGUGGUUUGGGGUGAAAUUAUUCAUUGUAGAGAAACUUUGGAUUUGGAUUUCUUUACAGUGGUGGUAACAGGAACCAGGGAUUACAAUGUCUACAAAAAGAAUAUAAUCAUUUUAUUCACUAUCUAAAACAACCAGUGAGACAAUAUAUGUCUUCUGAGUUUUUAUAUGUGAUGUUGAUGAUGGUAAAAAAUACAUUUUCUUACGGGACUAUUUUCCCUUAAAACACCCUGUAUGUACCCUUUUUCACCAUGAGUGGGGUUUUAAAAAAAUGUGUUUUAGGCCAAACAUUUCUCUCAGAACUAUUGGAAACCAAUGUCUCCAGCAGCAGGCAAUGCAUUCAUGACCAUUUUGUGUAAUGACUUCCCGUGAGGUAGCUUUUACAGGCGUUAAACGCUCUGGCCGUCUGGUUCCCAUCACCACCACUCUGAGCAACUCCACAGGUUUCAUCAGCAUUUCACACCAAACCACUAUGAAUGACUGUGUGUACAUCUAAAUCAUUUAAUUAUGCAGAAAUUUUAAAAAAUUGCAGAAAUACCCAUUUACAACCAUUGUUCUACCUUUGAGGGUAUAUUUACAUUGUUUGUACCUUGAUGAACAAAAAAUGACUUGUACAGUGCCCUGUUUUCUGAUUGGGUUGAAAGACAUUGUAAUUGAUCCUAAGACUCAUUCGUAGUCUUCUGCAGCAGCGAAUAUUGCAGAAACGAUUGUCAAACUACAUUUUGUGCAGCUCUAGGAUAUACAUUUUGAAGUUAAGAUACUUUUUUUUUGCAUUUUUGGUUGGGGACAUAUAUAUAGAUAGCUGUAUACUGUUGCUUCGUGGACUGCAUGCAGUUUGAAUCUCGUCAUUGUCUGGGUGAUCUUUCAUAGGAUGUACUCAGCAAGGAGCGAGUUCUUUCACGGUGGAGCAUAUCGUCACUGUAAUAAGAAAAGUACUUCCGAAAUAGUAACUUUAAAAGAAAAGGAGAAAAGCUUCCUUAGCUCUGAACGCAAGUUAAAAAGGAAUUCUACCAGUUUUUCUAAAUGAAAAAAAAAAAGGUUUGGAUGGACAGUGACGAUAUUUUUCCAUUUUGAUUGUCAAACUAACAUCUGAUUAUUGUUCAGUAUUGUUUAUUUCUUGAUAGUCAGCAGUGACUUUAAAAGCAUAUGUAGUUGCUUAUAUAACUGCCACUCUGACUUAAAUACUCAGCCACCCUUUCCUUUUGCCUUUUAUAUUUACUUCCUAUUACUGUCUGGUGGCCAGGCAUUUUAUUUGACGGUGUCCAAUGUUCCCUUUCGGCAAUGAACUGUAUGCUGGCUCUUCUGUGGUGAUAGAAUUGACUGUGAAUAGCUUUCCAUGUAUUCCUUUCUAUGUUACUUUGCAGUUACUCGUUGUUAUAUCUGAUUUGUUUCACUUGUAUAUACUGGGGCAGAGAGGUUUUCAGGAAUUGUAAUUAAGACGAGUUUGAAUACAUACAUUUAUAGAUGAGAGUUUUGCAGCUUACAAGUACUCAGUCGCAUCAUGGAUCAAACUCACAACAGUUCAACCAUUUAAAGGCUUGAUCACUGGCCAGUGAAUAUUUCUUUAUUUCAAAAGUAAUUAGAUCCACUGAUCAUCAAUAUUCAUUAACUAUCGUUUAAGUGGGCACAAAACGAUUACACAGAUUUGACAAGGGAGUCAUUAGUUCAACUCGACUACAAUUUAUUGAUUUUAUCCGUGUAAUCUGAACGACCCCCCUGCCCAACACCUCCACCAAGCCAGGAAUUCUCGAAUCAGUAGCAGAUCAAUAAUUUAAGUGCGAAGGUUAAAUUACACGGGCUGUUUGUCAAUAAUGGACUUGUUGGAGUUGAUUCAUGGUAUGGUGGACAUAAUAUAUUGCUCUCAAGGGCAUCGUUCUGAACCCAAAGUCCAAUACGAGGCUUCGUGCUUGUUUGGCAUUGGCAUUUGAAACACUACGGUUUUACAAAGUGUAAUUUAUAUUUUUGUACAUAAGCAGCGAUCGUAUGGCACUGUUCUUAGCUUCGAAUCUCCUCAGGCUUAUGUAGCUACCCACAUUUGCACUUCUUGAGGAUCUGUUUUCUUUUGCUCUGUCUGUGAGUUGACUUUGACCACUUAAAGUGUAUGUUGUUCAGCAGCAUUUUCAGAAAGUUUGGACCAAGUGUAGCACUGUUUGAAUUUUAGAACAAGCACUAUUCAUAUGACAAGUACUUUUAACAAUGCUUUUAGUCGUAGGCUUGGUUUCUUUAAAAUAGUUUGCAAAAGUUAGAGUGAAGAAUUGGAACGAGACCCCCUCAAGGUGAAACAGGUCCCAAUUUUUUUUUUCAUUAUAUUUAUUUCAAUUUUUUUUUUUUGGUAUUUCUUUUAAAAGACAUCUGGGUGAUGAUAAUAUCUUAGAAGUGGCUUUUUAAAGUAAGAUGACUAAAGCUAGUAAAUGAAAAUGCCAUGUUGAAAUGGCUUUGGCCCGAACCCAAUAAAAAACCUGAACUAACACCCAUCAAACCAGUUUUCCUUUUAUUUUAUGUUUUAUUAUGUCCUUGGAAAGAGAUCUGGUCAAUGAUAUUUUACGCAUGGCCUUUUAAAUUAAGAUGGCAAGAACUAACAAAGGAAAAUGGCACAUUGAUAUGGCCUUGGCCCAAACCCAAUGAAGAACUGAACUAACUCCCAUCAAACUGGUCCAACAUUUUUCCUUUUAUUUUAUUUUAUUAUUUCCUCUAAAAGAAAUAUGGGAAAUGAUCAUGUUUUACGCAUGGCUUUUUAAAUCAAGACAGCUAAAGCUAGUAAAUAAAAAUAACAUAUGAAAUGGCUUUGGCCCAAACCCAGUGAAGAACUCAACUAACCCCCCAUUAAACUGAGAAAAUCUUACAUGUGGCUUUUUAAAGUGAGAUGGCUAAACCUAGCAAAUGGUCCUCCCAUGUCUUUGGCCCAAAACCUAUGAAGAACUGAACUAAUCCCCCUCAAGGUGAAACUAACCCACAGUUUUUUCCCCUUUCAUUUUAUUUUGUAUUAUUUUAUUUGCUCAGACUGACAGAUCUGGGCAACGUGUGCAGAUCAAUGGCAUUUAAAAGGCUGUGAAAGAGAAGGACCACUUAAAUCCUGAGUUGUCGUAGCCCAGGUCUUCACCAUUAACGCAUUUGAGAAGAUUAAUGAUGCUGUGAUAGGGCAGGUUUAGAUUUCUGUUGAGUGCUGGGUGAAGGGGAGAGAUGUCAAUAGAGGAACGGGGUUGUUCUGCGGUACCAGAGGCACCCAAAGAGUUCACCUUAACAAUCAUAUCCAUAUCCUACAGCACUCAGAGCUCAAAUACAAUACCUAAUGUACUGAUAUCACAGCGUAUUGUUACAGUCCUAAUCUGAAACGAGCUUCUUAUCCUUACUCAGCUCUGCAGGUGUACAGGGGUUACUGUGCCAAAUGUGUCUUGUUCUUUUUUACGCUUCCUCUUUUUUAGCUUCAUGUUUAGCACCUUUGACAUGACUUGGCAGGUAUGAAGCUUCUAGCCUAAUGCACAGUUAGCAAUGACUAGACUGCAAUGCUAAGUGGCCGAAAGCUUCACCGCAUUGUCUGUUUGUACCUCCGAAUAACAAGUUAACCUUGAAAUUAAUCUAAGAUCCCUGUCGUUCUAUAUGAUCAUAACAGAAAUGAAUGUUUCUUUUUCAAAAGUGUAUGUUAAUAUAAACUGUGUUUUAAUUCCUUAUAAAGUGUAUAUAUUCAUUGA